AGCAUUACUGUGGGGAAGAAGGAGCGACUUGAAAUCUUUCCACCCGCCUGUUAUGUCUCAGGCCUUGGCUGGCAGAGACAACAGCAGUGAUUGUGACCUGAAAUUACUGGAUUAUGUUCUGUAGGCUUCUGACAACAACUGUGCACCAUACAGUGAAAGUGGAGCCUGAAACAGUGCAGGAGCAAAGGCGCGGGUGGAAGGUUACUAGAAAGAAAGCUGGAACUGCUUUGUUCUGCCCUUCUUCUGGAGUCUGAGUUUUCCCUCCAAAGAUAAAAUGGUGGGGCUGCGUAUCUCUGACAACGGCUUGAACAGAAAGCACACACCUCUUCAACCACAUGAUGCAGAACACAUGCUGCACGAGGCACAAUCAAUCACAAACGGGUCCAGAAGGUACUGUCCAGCAUAUCUCACCAAGAUGCUUUAUCUUCAUCUUUUGAUAAGUGAUCUGAUGAUGGCUCUCGUUAUGGAACCUAUUAGCAAGUGGAUGCCCAAGCAAGUAGUGGAUUGGAUGAAAGGCCUUGAUGAUUGCCUCCAACAAUACAUAAAAAAUUUUGAAAGAGAAAAGAUCAAUGGUGAACAGCUGCUACACAUCACUCAUCAAGAGCUUGAGGAACUGGGAGUUACUCGCAUUGGCCACCAAGAACUGAUACUGGAAGCAGUUGAUCUGCUAUGUGCAUUGAACUAUGGUUUGGAGACCGAAAACCUGAGAACUCUCUCUCACAAGCUGAAUGCCUCGGCCAAAAAUCUUCAGAAUUUUAUAACGGGUAGAAGGAGGAGUGGCCAUUAUGAUGGCAGGGCCUCCAGACGACUGCCAAAUGAUUUUCUUACCUCUGUAGUUGACCUGAUUGGUGCUGCCAAGAACUUACUAGCCUGGCUGGACAGGUCUCCAUUUGUCAGUGUGACAGAAUACUCACUGCUGAAAAACAACAUUGUUCAACUGUGCCUGGAACUAACAACCAUUGUACAACAGGAUUGUACAGUGUAUGAAACAGAAAACAAAAUUCUUCAUGUGUGUAAAACCUUGUCUGGAAUUUGUGACCACAUCAUUUCACUCUCAUCUGAUUCUCUGGUGUCACAGUCAGCACAUCUAGAGGUAGUUCAUCUCACCAGCAUUAUGCCCAGUGAAGGUUUGGGGAUGUAUAUCAAAUCAACAUAUGAUGGGCUGCAUGUAAUCACAGGAACAACUGAAAAUUCUCCUGCUGACCAGUGUAAGAAAAUCCAUGCUGGAGAUGAGGUGAUUCAAGUCAAUCAUCAAACUGUGGUUGGCUGGCAGUUAAAGAACCUGGUCAAUGCAUUGCGGGAAGACCCAAAUGGCGUGAUUUUAACCUUGAAAAAACGUCCUCAGAAUACCCUGGUUUCUGCUCCUGCCCUUUUGAAGAACGUCAGGUGGAAACCUCUUGCACUUCAGCCUGUAAUUCCAACCAGCCCAACAAGCAGUUCCACAACACCAACAAGUACAAUGGGCAUGUCCUCCAAAAUGGAAAACUCAGCACUCCAGGAUGUUUACAUUCUUUCUCCAAUGUCAGGACUUUAUGGCCCCAGGGAUGAAAUUGGCAUAUUGUCUUGUGAUGACAUCAGCAAGUUUGGAAAGUCUGGAAUGAAAGGCUCUGAGUCUCCAAGUUAUUUUCUUGAACAUGAAAGUGGUAAAUACUACACGUUAAUUGAAGGUGAAGGCCACCCUGUGGGCUCUGACUAUGAGAGAAGCAGAGCUGCAGGGGUGCGGAGAAGAGAGAAAACACCCACUCACGGUGAUUUAAGACCUGUUUCAAUGCCUACUGACUACAGCUGGAUAGGGGAGUCAAAGGAACAAAACAUAUACAAGAGAGGAAGCCGUGACUCUGAGAAUUCACUUCUGCGGUACCUGAGUGAUGAUAAGAUAUUGGUUAUCCAAGAAGAGCCUUUGACACAGAAGGACAGCAAAAGGGACACAGGUCGUAGGUCAAGAAAAAAAGGCAAAAGCGCAAGCAGUCCAAACUACCCUAUUAGUCCAUCUAUGUUGACAUCUACUGUUAACGUUAGGCUUGAACCUGGACAGCAAGAUAUCUUGAAUUUCGCACUAGCAGAAAACAAUACAGUUCCACUUUACCAUAGAGCAGGGGACACAGUCAGUGGAGAUACUGAAAGAUACCGAAGACUAAGUGAAAGAUAUGCUAGUUCUGCCAUUGACCGUCAAGGAAGUACAUCCAUGAGGAAGUCAUUCCAUUACGCUUCUCUCAGGGUAAAAUCCAGAAAAUGGUCAAAAGGGAGCUCUCUGACGAGUGGGAGCAGAAGACGAAUUUCCUGCAAAGACUUGGGGCACGGAGAUUGUGAAGGCUGGCUGUGGAAGAAAAAGGAUGCCAAAGGUUACUUCACACAGAAAUGGAAAAAGUACUGGUUUAUUUUGAAGGAUUCUUCCUUGUACUGGUACACAAACCAGAAUGAUGAAAAAGCAGAAGGAUUCAUUAGCUUGCCUGAGUUCAGGAUAGACAGAGCAAUUGAAUGCAGAAAAAAACAUGCCUUCAAAGCAUGUCACCCCAAAAUAAAGAGUUUCUACUUUGCAACAGACUGCCUUGAAGAAAUGAAUAGAUGGAUGAAUCGUCUGGGUCUCGCAGCAAUUGGUUACACACCUGAUGACAAGGAUAUUCAUCCUGAUGAAGAUUACUGGAGUGAAAGCGACCAGGAUGAUGUUGAUGGCUCUUUAACCCUGAAGCAGGAAGGCUCCUCAACACUGUGUGACACCUAUCACCGAACACCUUCAGUGACUUCGUCAAGUCCAUUCCCUGAAGCCAAACAUGGACGACACUUUUCAAGUGAAUCAACAUAUUCCCAUUCUUCAGCUGAAGAUUCUCGACAAGAUGUAGCAGGAAGCACACAUUCAUCAGGAUGCAGACCUCCCUACCGAGAAAGACGCUCAUGGCAGGAUCUGAUAGAGACUCCAUUAACCAGUUCAGGGCUCCAUUUUCUCCAAACUGUUCCUCCUGAUCCAGAAUAUGUGAGUGGGCAGCCUGGUAUGUCACCAGAAAGACGAAGACAAGCAACAUUGCCAGUACAAAGACGUCAUAAUUAUGAACAGGAUGGGCCUUUCCCUUUAGUGGAGUGUCAGAGAGGACAUAGCUCUCAUAGCAGGCCACAGAAGCAACGCAGUCAAAGCCUUCCACGAAAUAGAGAUGUCAGGGGUAAGGGGCAUGUGAAGUCCAUAGAAGGAACAGAGGACAACUUGGAAGAGAAAAUUCCUAUUAGAAGGCACAAUAGUUUUUGUGCAGAAGAAAGCAUAAAAGAAACUGGAGAAAAUUUAGACGGUCUGCAAGAGCUUUAUAAGUCUCUGGAACAAGCUAGUUUGUCAGCUUUUGGAGAACAGCGUCCUUCCACCAAGCAGGAGUUCCGCAAGUCUUUUGUAAAGCGAUGUAAUGAUCCAGUUAUCAAUGAAAAGCUUCACCACAUCAGAGUACUCAAGAGCACUUUAAAAGCAAAGGAAGGGGACCUCACAGUUAUCAACAGCCUUCUGGAUGAUCCCAACUUAACAUCAAAGAAGUUUAAAGAUUGGAAACUAAAGAACUAUGAGUUUUUCCUGGACAUUUGUGAGUACAGUGCUGCUCUGAAAUCUCAAAAUGGAGCCUCUGAACUUGCAACCUCAGCACCAAUGCUGACACAUACACAUUCAUUCAUUGAAACUCACGUCUGACAGGACUCGUAUCAUGAAUAAUUGCUGGGUGCCAUGAAAAAUCAGUAAGACAAACACUGUAAUAUUUAUAAAUAAUGUGCUCAGCAGUACUGUAAAUACGUUGGAUAAGAGAAUAGUGCCACAGGAUGCCUACUACAUUGCAUGAUAAGACAAUAUUCUUUAUUAUUUUUUGUUUGCUAUUAUCAACCGAUGUCCGUAUAAAGCUCUGCAUUAGAAAGAAGCCGUGCAGAAGUGUAGCUGACAACAAACACCAGUAUAUUUAAAGUACUGUACUAAAAACCAAGCUUCUAGUAUGAGCUCCUGCAAUCAUUUUAUAUAUUUAGAUAUAUUUAAAUAUAUCUAUGUAUAUAAAACUUAACACGAUAGUUGAUAUUUACUUUUUAAAUGCUCUACAGUUCACAUUUUCAUGUUUUUCUUGAGAAAAAUAUAAAAUGAAAACAUAAAGACACUGGACACUCUUAGAGAUGAACGAUUAUUUUUGCUACAUUUCCAAGUAGUGACCAUCUUUGCAAAUAAAAGGACAGAUGUAUCAAAAUGUAAACUCAAUCCCUAUAGUGUGCCUUAAAAUGUACACUGUACAUCUAGCAAAUAGAUCCCAAUCUGGCCCUAUGGGCAUACAGUAUAUGCCAUUUAGAUACUGUGUUUGUAAAAUACUGUGCCUGCCUUUAAAAUGAAUGAAUAUAAGUGUGUAGGUGUGGCACAGGAGUUAAGAUAUGAGUAGAACAAUAUUGGUUGUUCACUAAUGCUGCAACUUACGCUGCUUUUAACAUAAUUUGAAAUAUUUCAUGGUGAAAGAAAAACAUCUGCACUGAAUAUGGCACAUUCUGCAGGUUUUCAUAGUUUCUUCACUGUGAAUUUAAGUGACACAUGCCUGUGAGUCACACAGUUCAAAAAAAGCUCUGAUGCUUCAAGGAUAAGUAUUAAGUAAAAAAAAAAAAAAUAAAACCUAAACUAAUCAAUUAAAUUCUGUAAUAGACUGGCAUCUGAAGCUGAGUAAAUUAUUCAAAAAUAUAAUAAUGUCUGGCAAUAAUUUUUAACUGGUAGUAAGUACAUCAGCAAGUGGGUGAAGUUACUCAUUACAUCACUUGAAGAAAACCAGUCCGUACUGAUUGGUUUUCAAAAGACACACAAGUCACAUCAUGUAUUUCACUUCCUUGCUUGGAUCAGAAUGAAUCAGUUUGGAGAAGAUACCUGCAUUCUUGAAAAAAAACAUUGCUCUGAAUGUUACUGGACAUCCGUUUCCAACACAGAUUCACAGUUUUCUUUGACUACGCUUGCUAGAAUAUUUCUAGAAAGCAGGACAAAGGAGGUGUGAAUUCAGAUGAUGUCAUUUUACUUAAACAGAUAUUCACUGAUAAUUUUCCACUAUAUAAACCUGUCUCUCAUAUACCAGAAACUGUAAAAUUCAUAAAAUUCAAUAUAAUAUGGGGGAAAAAUGUUAUCUCAAAAAAGUUCUAGUGUCCAGAAAGAGAUUUAAGUAUUCACAAAGCCACAACUGGGUAGAGGUAUUCCAUUUGUUUAGGACAGUGUCCAUCAAGCAGCUGUGGCAAGUUAACAGGACACUGGGAGAAAAGCUCGUGGGUCAAAAUAAAGACAGAAAGAUCACUUAGCAAUUAUAGACUCUGCUUGUGGAAAACUACUUAAAUUCAUUGUUCAUUAAAAAUAGAGCAAGAUAAUGAGCAACAAAGACAAAAUUAAAACCACUUACCCCCACACUGUCCCCCUUCUACCCAGGCUCAACUUCAUUCCUUUCCUGGCUCUUCUAUCUCCUCCCACUCUGCUCACCAUGACAAUGGGGAAUGGAAGGCUGUGGUCAGACUGUAACGCUCCAUCUGUGCCACUCCUUCCGUCUCACACUGUAUUCCUCUGCUCUAGCAUGGUGCCACUCCCAUAGAUACAGUCCUUGAUCAGCUUGCAGUAUAGGUCCUUCCCACGGGCUGCAUUUCUUCCAGAACUACUCCAGGAUGAGUCCAUUCUGUGAGAUGCAGUCCUUCAGGAGCACACGGCUCCUGCUUUUGUCCUCCAGGUUCCUUUGUGGGUUCCCCACAGGCUACAGCCUCCAUCAGGGCACAUCCAUCCAGUGCUCCUCCACAGGAUGCAGGGGAAUCUUUGCUCUGGUGCCUGGGAAUAUCCCCCUGCUCUUCCUCCUCUGGUCUUGGUACCUGCAGAUUUGUCUCUGAUUUUUCUCACUCUUACAAAUGGUGCACGGUGUUUUUUGUCCUGUCUUAAAUAUGCUAUCUGCUUUGCUUAUGGUUGAGCUUUGGCCAGUGGUGGGGCCAUUCUGGAGGUGGCUAGAAAGGCUGUAUGACAUGAGGACAGCCCCUUGCUCUGUUCUCCCAGAGCCACUCCUGCAGCCUUUCUGCUACCAAAACCUUGCCCUGACAACUCAUUGCAGCCCUGAAGAAACACAACUCAGAUUUGAUUUUUAUUCUUAGGUUUUUUUGUUUGUUUGCUUGUUUUUGGCAUUUAUUUGAACCACAGUGGGUGCAGUGAUUAAAUAAACAUUCUAGAACAGUAUGAGAUGUUAUUAGUAGGGAUCUGUUACUUGACAGCUGUUUCGAGUUCUCAUCACAGAAGCAGCUGAGUCACAGCAUCGUUGUAGCAAAUACAUUUGGAUAGAACAUACAACAUGAAAGCAUAUUUGGUGUGCUUUAGCAAGUUAACUAUACACUUGAGAGUCACUGAAGACAAUGGCUCCUCACAUGCAUGCAUCAGAGUGGAGCAGGAUCACGUCAUACAUAUCAUACUGAAUAUUAAGCGUACACUGAAGGCUCUAACACCUGAGGCCAUAAAAAAGCAUACAGGAAAAUAGAGAACAACAAGUUGUCAUAAAAAUUGGAGCUGCAGUAUUCAGGCAAAAUGUAAAACUCUGUUUAAACAUAUUUGCUAUGUGAAUGCUACAGUUACUGAACAACUGAAUAGCAAAAGCAUUAAUAGAGGGAAUUCAUCUAACUUUUUUUCCUAGCGGAUCUCUGACAGAUAUUUCACUAUUUUUAAUACCAUCCUUCAUAUAAUAUGGAACAAAUGUUAAGCAGUGAUGCAAGGAAAUGCAUAAAUUAUACAAACCAUUUAUAAACCAAUUCACACUUUAAGUGUAAGCAGUGAUGGUCACCAAAUUAAGUAGAUGAAAUUUUCUAUAUUCAUAAACAAAUGUAAAGUUUGUAAGAUUUAAGUAAUCUUGCUUGUAAUUUAUAGCAAGCAAAAUCUAAUUUUAAAUUAAGCAUCACAAACAUUUUGUUCUUUCACAAAGGCUAGCUGACAAGAAUUUUUACAUACUUCUUGCAUGCACACUCAACUCCAUACUAAGGCCCUUCCUUCUCCAUGACUAGUUUCUUCUUUCUGCGUCUAAGUACUAAUCCAGCUGAACUACAGAAAUUAAUGCACAAAGUGCAUUAAUUUUUUUUUUUUUUUAAUUAACAUAGAGCAAUUAUUUAGAAUUUCAUGAUCUUCAAAAUAACUUGAAUGAAAGAGCAAUAAAAAUAUUGGAUCUAAAAUCCAUGUACCAAAUCCAAAUAGGUCAGUUUCUCCUGGACCAAAAGGUACUCUAACUCUGUACAACGGAGCUGAAAUUAUUCAGGUAGCUGUGAUUACAUAAUGUUUUUAAAUUAGGGGGGAAAAAAAAGUUUGCUGUUGAGUUCAAGGGAAAUAAACAGCAUCAGUAGAGUACAUUUAUUAGCGUAAUAGAUUCUCUGCCUUCCUGCUUAAACAAAAACUGGUUCUUACCAUAUAUAACUACAUGAAGAGAUUUUUUGGAUGUGUAUUAUUUAUCCAGAUUUUACUGAAGUUAGUCAGCUUAGUGUCUUCCAUCAGAAUUCCUGCCAGACUCUUCUUUAGCUGCAGGAAAAAUGUCCCUCAGUCAUCACUCUGAGACUUCACAAGCUCAGUCUUUUUGUUUUUAACAUACGUUUCUAUACAACUCAUUUAAUGCUCGCAAUAAACCACUGAUUCCCCUUCUUUUUAAUAUACUGUUAUGUAUCCACUGAAUUCUUAGUUUGUUGAAAACUAUCUUAGAAGCCAUCUCAGUAGCACUUCCUGGGAACAUUGGGGCUUUUUUCUUGCUUUCAUAGAUUCUAGGCAACAACUUUCCUGAGUUUAGUCUUGUUACUAACAAGAAGUAAUCAGAAGAGAAGGAGGUUCUUGUCAGUCUGUGUCCCCAAAUUCUUUGACAGAAAUAAAGUUGUGAAAAUACUGCCUCAUACUUGAAGGCAGGACAGGUAGGAUUCUUUUUGUCCUAACUGAAAUCAACCUGUGUUGUAUUGUGCGGGGAAUCUGUAUCCUCCACAGAAAAGCCGGUUGCUUUACUUCACUGGCAAAACCCACCUUACUGCAUCUUCUGCCUUCUCAAACACAUCACGAGCACUUCUUGCUCUGCAUUACAUUUUAGUGCCAUAAAGAGAGACUGAUCAAUUGCUACUAAAAGGUAUCGGAGGAUGUGAUUUGAUGCCAAUUUCCAGGGAAUUCUGAAUGUGAUCAGUCAGUUCAUGUUCACAUCCAGACUGCUCUUUUCAGCUAGUAAUGGCUAAUAAUGUGCUGUACUACUUGGUUUUCCAAGGGAAAAAAAAAACGUGUUGCAGAGAAUUGCCAGAUGUAUGUCUUGCUAAAAUCUUACUGUCAUCAGCAAUUACAGCUUUCCAGACCAAAAUAAUCAUUCAAUUCAAAGUUUAGUGAAGGAUUGCAAAGGUACCUUUAAAGGGAUUACUUCACUGAAGCACUGAGAAUUGCUCAGAAAAAUCUGUUUAUAGUACACACGAGUUCCUGUAGUAUAUAUUGUUAAAAUAAUGUGGCAUCUUGGUUUCGUAAUGGGUUGUUUUUUUCUGCUUAAUUUUCCAGAUAGGGAAAUCAAAUGGAAGGGCAUAAGUUGCUCCAAAAGUAAUGCCUACUAUUUAUUUCUAUGAAAAAGAAAACAAAGACCACUGUUAAUGGUCUAAAAAAUACUGUUUUUCAACACAGUCAUCACCAUUAGCUGAUUCGUGCAGAUGAGCUGGAGAAGAUGCUCUUCAUCUUGUGUCGGUGACAGCUUUGUAUGACAGCUGUGCAUGGCCAUCCAGAACAGGACUUGUCUUUCACGUUGCUGUCACUGCUGCUGAAAUGCACCACUCACUGCUCACAUCCACUAUCUGGUCUUCAGAACAUUCAGUAAGUGUCAGUGAACAUCAAUGGAUGUAAUUCUUUCUGCAUGGAGGAAUUCAAUUCCACACCUUUCCUUCAUAGGCAAUUCCUUACCAGACAUCAUUUUUUCAAAGUGCCCCUCUGCUGCCAUCUGUCACACAGAAACAAAAUAUAAAAGAAUAUUGGUGGGAAGGUUCAAUUUCUCCUGCUGUCCCACCAACAUCUGUUUCUGAUAUCUGAGCAUAAUAAAAUGGGAGGCAUUACUUUUGGAGCAGUCCUUGUAGUAACGCCUUUCUGUCUGUAGGGUAAAUCUAUAGAAGACUUCACAUGCCACAGGCCUUAGACCACUGAGCUUAAGAUCUCCUUAGAGAUAAUAAGCACUUUUCCCUGUUGCCAAAUGAUGUUUAUUAAUAAUUAUUUACAAAAAUCUUUAAUAAUGUGACAGAAUCAAGAAGCAAUAUUAUCUAAUUAACUUACAUUAAGUAACAAGAAGUUCCUUUUUUCCUUCUAGAAUGUUUCCCUCAUUAAAGCUAAGGUUCAGAGCAGCUUUUUCAGGCAGGCUACUCUUGGGACAGCUUCCCCAUCUCCUGCUAUUUACAGUGAGUGGAUGUGGCUCUCAGUGGUUGUUAACUCAACAUGCAUCUGAAAAUCAAACCUGAGACAUAUUAUCAGCUAAUGAAUGGAGAAUACACGGUUGUUUUAAACAAAAACAAGUAAGUUGUAUUUUCUUAGUUGAGUUUAAAAUAUUUAUUUACUCCUAUUAUGUAUAAGUAUAGUAUUUUAUUUCUCAACAGUUCCAUUUGCUGUGUCUAGGCAGUUGACUAUUCUUUGUAUUGUUCUUGAUGUAGUACGUGAAAAAAACAUUUGUUUAAGAUUAAUUUCUAUGCUUUACAGCUUAUGCCAUACUUGCAUACUUAGACUGAGGUCUAUAAAGAAUAUUGUUUAAGCUUUUAGCAGAGUUUCAGUUUUGGGGGCUGUUUCUUUUGUUUUGUUUGUUUGAUGGGUUUGUUUGUUUUGAGAUAGCUGAUACUCUACUGGGACCUAGUGUUAAUAACAGGAUAAACAAUUUCCAGGAAUAUACUGCCCAUCACUAUCUUUACGAACCAUAUUCAUUCUUAAUGCAGGCCAGACAAAUACAAUGCAUUUAUUUUUAUCACGUGCAUACAAGGGUUACUGUGACAAUGAGGGAUUUUGCUGUAUGCAUUAAUGCCGCUGUAUUAGGUCCACUAACUUCUGUCCUCGCAUUUCUAGAAUAUUACUCAUUCUCAGGCAUUGGUGAGGGUAUCAAUACAGAUCUUUUUACUAACUGUAAAUGUAUCUGUCUGAAUGCUGCAGUUUAAAUAAGGAUGCCACAUUAUACAUAUUAACUCUAUUGCUUUUUUUCACUGGCAACCACGAAGCAAAUGUCUUAACAAAACUUGUUCACUGGCCAAAAUAACAGCAAAGGCCUCGUUACCAGUUAAGACUUUUGCUUUAUUGAGAAACAAGGUUUUCAACUUAAAAAUCUGAAAUGGAAACAGGUUAGAAUAUAGGAGAAAUGCACUAGUAUUAAUAAACUUUUUACAUUUGACACAUACUGUAUUACAAAGACAAUAUCCUUGCAAGAGCAUUAAUUGCUGGGCCAUAGGUGACUUCUGUCUAGUUUACUACAGUAGCUAAUAAAACUUGUAUAGAGAGCCUUUUAUAGAUAAUGCUUACAUGUAUGAAAAUGUAUGACACCCUUGUACUAUGGCUUGCACUUUACUUGCAUUAAACUGUGAAGUAGGCUGUAGUAAUGUCUUUGUAUAUUCAGGGGUUGAAAUACCAAAGCACUAGAGUAUGGUACUGCUGGUGUUCAACCUGUACUGUUAAUUAAAGCUGAACGUGCUGAUAACGUGUACUUCGAAAACCCCACUAACUUACAAUCUUUAGCAAAUAAUGCUAUGGGGUCUCCAUGGUCUUUGUUUCUUUGUAAAUAUAAACAUUCUUACUGUUUCUGUAGCAAUAGGAGGUUAUAAACCAAACUUUCAAUAGGACUGUUUUCAAUAACGAAAAAAAAUCUAUAGCGCCUUGUAUAAAACUCAUGGAGACUCCAUGACCUGUGGGCAUUUUUUGUUUACAAGCAGUAUGUAUAUAAGUAUUAGCGGCAGAACUGUUAUUUAUCACAAAGUUAUGUUGUGGUUGGUUCUUUCUAAAGUAAAUAUGUGUUUUAUGUCAUUAUGAAAAAUAAGUAUUUUUAGUAAGAGCCAUCUUGAAAAGUUUGAAGCAUCAAAGCUUCAAAUACUCGGAAUCUUCCAUGUUUCAGCCUUGUUUUUCCAAACAACUGUGAGAUGAGCUGCGAGGUCACGGUAAACCACCUAUCCAUGCCAGGGAAGGUGUCUGAGUUGUACCACAGUUUAUGACAUUCUGCAACCUUUCUCUACUGACCAUCUUGCUUUAGCGCUUUUAUGAGCAGAUGCUCUACCGAUACCAUAGUAAAGUCCUUCAGCUCGCUGAACAGAGAGAGAAAAUUAACUGCUCUAACUGGACGCAUACAGGUUAGGCUAGGUUUCAACCCCUGGAUAAUACAGCACUCUUUGGUUUCACAACAGUAUUUUUAAUUUUAUACUUGUCUAUGUUGAGAGAUGAUCCAAUAGUUUCUAUAGGCAGUGAACGUUAGGUUUCUUUUUUUCCUCUUCUCAGAUGACUUCUGUGUGAACUACUGUAACUGGCUGCGUUUUUCUAUCACAGAUGAACUUGUUAACUUUUGUGUGUCUACAAUGAAAAUUUAUGAAUGGAAACCUUCACUGUGUGUUGCUCACUGGGCAUAUACCUCAUGGUACAUUGCACAGACGUGUAAGUUGUAAGUUGCACUGCAACAUUAAAAAAGGAACAUAUUGCUCUUUUUUCAAAGAUAUUAACUUAUUUAAGAGAUAUAGUCUGUACAUUAUUAAAAAGAACAUUUAUUCUUCCUAAAUUCAAACAAAGCUUUUGUUUUGGGGGGAGAAAAAAAGAAAAAAAAAGUUGUAAACUUCAGUUGUAAAUUUGGACUUCAAUAAACGGAAUUAUCUGCACUUAAA